CUUUUGUUUCUUCUGUCAGGAGGCUCGUGUUCAGAUGGCGAGCACAGGCUCUUCUCUGUGAUAUUCUCCAGAUACAACCAGUAUAUACGCCCAGUGGAAAAUGUGUCUGACCCAGUCAUUGUGCAGUUCGAGUUGUCCAUGUCACAACUGGUCAAAGUGGAUGAAAUCAAUCAGAUCAUGGAGACCAAUCUGUGGCUGAGACAUAUCUGGAAUGAUUACAAACUGAGAUGGAAUCCCAAAGAUUUCGGAGGCGUGGAGUUUAUCCGUGUGCCAUCCAGCAGGAUAUGGAAGCCAGACAUUGUGCUGUACAACAAUGCAGUUGGAGAUUUCCAGGUUGACGACAAAACAAAGGCCCUGCUCCGUUACAAUGGCGACGUCACCUGGAUCCCUCCAGCUAUUUUCAAGAGCUCCUGCAAGAUCGACGUCACAUAUUUCCCCUUCGACUACCAGAACUGCACCAUGAAAUUCGGCUCCUGGACCUACGACAAGGCCAAGAUCGAUCUGGUGCUGAUUGGCUCCACCAUCAACCUGAAGGACUUCUGGGAGAGCGGCGAGUGGACGAUCAUCGAUGCCCCUGGUUAUAAACACGACAUUAAAUACAACUGCUGCGAGGAAAUCUACACAGACAUCACCUACUCUUUGUACAUCCGCCGGCUGCCUCUUUUCUAUACCGUCAACAUGAUAAUCCCCUGCCUGCUCAUCUCCUUCCUCACCGUGCUCGUCUUUUACCUGCCGUCUGAUUGUGGUGAGAAGAUCACCCUGUGCAUCUCUGUUCUACUUUCUUUAACGGUCUUCCUGCUGGUUAUUACCGAGACCAUCCCUUCCACAUCACUGGUCAUACCCUUGAUUGGCGAGUACCUCCUCUUCACCAUGAUCUUUGUCACCCUCUCUAUUGUCAUCACUGUUUUUGUCUUGAACGUCCACUACCGCACACCACAGACCCACACCAUGCCCUGCUGGGUGCGCCGUGUGUUCCUGGGACUGCUGCCCCGGGUGAUGUUCAUGACCAGGCCAGAGAGGGACCCUGAGAAGGUGGCAGUAGUCGACAGCGUCAACACAAUGCAUGCUAGACCUUGCUCCAUUCAUUCGUCGGGCACCUUGCAGAAACAGUACAGACCUCAGGCCCUGGCCUCCAGCCUGACCAACCGCCAGCGGCUUUUCAACAACACGGAGCUCUCCAAGCUCAAUAACCUGAACGCAGACCCGGGAAAAGACGCAGGCUCUGGGUUAUUGUGCUGCGAGGGUCGCUGCAACUGCUGCUGGCACCAGAGAUCUGGCAAGUUGCCUACAGACUCUGGGGGAGGGAGUGGAGGACUAGAGUGCCUGGCAGCGCUGACAGGAGGCAAUGCUGGUUUGGUAGAGGAGAGUCAAUGCUCCAGCUCCGAGUCUCUGGACGUAGGGAUAUUGUCCCUUUUGCCGCUCUCUCCUGAGAUCAGGGAGGCCAUUGAGAGUGUCAAAUACAUAGCAGAGAACAUGAGACUGCAGAAUGAAGCAAAGGAGGUUCAGGAUGACUGGAAGUACGUUGCCAUGGUGAUCGACAGGAUCUUCCUGUGGGUUUUUGUCCUCGUGUGUAUCCUGGGAACAGCUGGACUCUUCCUCCAGCCUCUGUUACUCCUGGAGGACAUUUGA